ACAUGCAUCGUUGUCAAAAAGAAGGGACAACAUACGUGACAGUGGUUCAAGGAACACACAAAAAGUUGCUUGAUUUUUUACAAUAGAAAUGUCUCAGGGAGGAAAUAUUUUCAUCUUGAUAGUGUGUCCACAGAAAUACCAGUAUAAGAAAUUAUGAGAAUCGUUGAAAACGCCUUGGCACGUCGCGAUAAAGAUUUUAUUAUCAGCAACGUGCUGACAAUAAAAUGAACGAAAAGGCAGGUAUAACUAUGGAAAGAAAGAAACUGAACUACGAGAAUAAGCUUAUAUUAGCGCCUAUGGUACGAAUCGGUACCCUUCCAAUGCGUCUUCUUGCGCUUGACUAUGGUGCUGAUAUAGUGUACACAGAGGAGUUAAUAGACUGGAAAUUGUUACGGUCGUUUCGUCGUGAAAACGACGUUUUAGGGACCGUCGAUUACAUUGAUAAAACAGAUGGUACAGUGACCUUCCGAACGUGUCUUAGAGAGAGAGACAAAGUAGUUUUGCAAAUUGGCACUUGCGAUGCAACAAGAGCGUUGAAAGUGGCCAAGAUGGUAGAGCAAGACGUUGCCGGGAUUGAUUUGAACAUGGGUUGUCCCAAGUUAUUUUCCUUGGUAGGGAAAAUGGGUGCAGCCCUCCUGAAAGAACCGGAGAUAGCCGUGAAUAUCUUGAAGACUCUAGUAGAUAAUCUGAACAUCCCUGUAACUUGUAAAAUUCGUGUAUUGCCAGAUUUGGAUGAAACUUUGGAGCUCUGCGAGCUUUUACAAUCGACCGGUAUAUCGGCAAUUGCGGUUCAUGGUCGUACCGUUAAUGAAAGACCACAACAUAUGAAUCGUAAUGAGGUCUUGAGGAAAAUUUCAGAACAACUGUCCAUACCAGUUAUAGCAAACGGAGGAUCAAAAGAAAUACAGAAAUAUUCUGAUAUUUCCAAAUUUAAAGAAAUAACAGGAUGCAACAGCGUGAUGCUUGCGCGUGCAGCUGAAUGGAACUGUUCAAUAUUCAGUAAAAAAGGUUUACUACCCAUGGAAGAUGUGAUAAAAUCAUAUUUAAAGUACGCCGUGGAUUGUGAUAACCCACCUUCCAAUACUAAGUACUGUAUACAGAAUAUACUUAGAGAACAACAGGAGUCAAUAUUAGGCAGAAAGUUCCUUAAUUCUCAAACCUUGGAGCAAAUAUGUGAUUUAUGGGCUUUAAGUGAUUAUUGCCAAUUAAAGAAAAAAGAAUUUGAAGAGAAAGGUUUGUUGGGAAGAUCUCAAGUCUCGCCUAUGAGAGAAGAUGAAAAGCAGAAUGAGGGACAGCUGUCUAAUAAAAGAAAGAUUUCAGAGGAAGAAGACGUAGUUUUAAUGCAUUGUGCAUUCUUAAGAAACAAUUACGUAACAGAUCUGGAAUUACCAAAAACGAUAUUACACAAAUGGACGCACACUCAAAGGAAAAAGAUGCCAAGCUACAAUACGCAGCAGAAAGGAAAGUUAUUUCGAUCCAUCGUUACCGUCGACGGACGAAAAUAUGGAUCCUCCUUUUGGGAAAAAAAUAAAAAAUGGGCGGAACAAGGUGCUGCUUUAGUUUGUCUUUUUUCCUUGGAUCUAGUCAAUAAGGAAACUCUUGAUACAAACUGCACUGAUAGUGCAUAAAGCAAAAAAUAUAAAUAACUAAUUAUCGCAUCACGAUUUGUAAAAUUUGACCUUAUAUUUUUUUAUUAGUUUUAUCAAUAAAAAACAUUUUUCUGAUACAGGAAAA